AUGAAGUUGAAAGAGAAGAAGGAAGUAGAAGUAAGUGAGGAAGAAAAUAAGGAAGGAAGAAAACAAAGAAACCAGCAAACACAGAAAAAUGGAGAUGUGGAGAUUUUCCGAGCCAUUACUGCAGGAAAGGGUCCCCAGACCCGAGCAGUCAAGAUAUGUGACUUCACUGAGGACCAGACGGCAGAGUUUAAGGAGGCCUUGCAGCUGUUUGACAGAACAGGUGAUGGUAAGAUCCUGUACAGUCAGUGUAGGGACGUGAUGAGGGCCCUGGGCCAGAACCUCACCAACUCCGAGGUUCUCAAGGUCCUGGGGAAUCCCAAGAGUGAUGAGAUGAAUAUGAAGGUGCUGGAUUUUGAGCACUCCCUGCCCAUGUUUCAGACUGUGGCCAAGAACAAGGACCAGGGCACCUAUGAGGACUAUAUUGAAGACCUUCAGAUGUUUGACAAGGAAGGGAAUAGCACUGUCAUGGGCACUGAAAUCCAGCAUGUCCUUGUCACACUGUGUGAAAAGAUGACAGAGGAAGAAGUAGAGAUGCUGGUGCUAGUAGCAGGGUACGAGGACAGCAAUGGUUAUAUGAACUAUAAAGAGCUCAUCUGGAUAGUGCAGAGUGAACAGUCCUUCCCAAGUCCCCAGAGCCCUGUGCCUUUCCUGUGUGAGAGACUCUAUCUAGUCCUAAAGGCCUCCUUAGCUGUCACAGUACCUUUCCCAGCUUGUCUCUCUUGGAUAAUGCUUGCAAGCAGCAUUCACCAAAUAAACUUGCUCUCUGUGACCUCCCCACAAACACUAAAAGGUAAUAUCAAACUCAAUGGUGAUAGACGAUAG